AGGGACAAACCCCUUCUUCGUAUUUGGAGUCACCGUUGUUGCGCUUUUUACCAACCCUCACUCUGGCGAUUUGCUAUGAGCAGUGAUCAAGUUGUUCCGAUGCACCAGAACAGAGCUCCGGUUCCGGCGAACCACCGGCCGUUUCACCACCGGCGCCGAGAUCGAUCUCCGCCGUCCUCCAGAACCUUCGCCACCGCUCACCGCCGCCCUAAUUUCAUCAUCGAACUCCGUUCGCAAAGUAACGAUCAGAAUUCGUACAAUCGCCAUGAAAUUGUUACUCUCAUGGGGAAAUUUAAGUCCGCUCCUGAUGACUUUUUUCUCUACCAAACAGGUGUGGUUGCUGCUAGGUUUUUCUACCAGCAGUGGACUACGGUGCUGCAGACGCUUGUGUAUCUGUGGGAGGUUUUAUUAGACGGAGGUUUGUCGUUUAUGCCGCGCCUUGUACAGAAUGUGCUGGUGCCUUCCGAUACAGAGGAGUUAAAUUCUCGGCUUAGGGUUUUGUUCAGGGAGAAGAUAUUAAGCCUUUUGGAAGGAGAAUUGGUGAAGAAAAUGGGGAAUAAGUUGGAGGAAGUGUCGCGGGAGAUUGCGAGGUUAGGUUUGUUGUUAAAGAAGCCGAAGAGGCCGGUGAUGCAUAUGGAGUUAUGGAAAAAGAGGGAAGGGAAUGUGCGUGAGAAAGAGUUGAUUGAGAGGAGGAUUGGAGAGUUUAAAUCUGCGAUGGGAUGUAUACUCGAUUAUCUCGAUGGGAAGGUGUUUGAUGGUUCGGAUGUUAAGGUGUUGUUGUUGAAAGGAGGUUUUGAUUGGAACAAGAUUUAUUGGAUGAUUAAGAGGGAGUGUCGACGGCUUGAUGAUGGUUUGCCGAUUUAUGCUGAUCGUAUGGAUAUCCUUUGGAAGAUACACUGUCAGCAGGUAAUGGUGUUGAUCGGAGAAACCGGUUCGGGAAAAAGCACCCAGCUGGUUCAGUUCCUUGUUGAUUCUGGAGUGGCAGGUGACAAGUCGAUAGUUUGCACGCAGCCACGUAAGCUUGCUGCCAUAUCAUUAGCAAAUAGAGUUAAAGAAGAAAGUCGUGGGUGUUGUGACGAUAAUUCAAUCAUUUGUUCAUCAACCUAUUCAUCUUUUGACCGGUUGGAUUCUAAGGUGAUAUACUUAACCGACCACUGCCUACUUCAGCACUACAUGAACGACAAGAACUUUUCUUGGGCAUCGUGCAUCAUCGUUGACGAGGCACAUGAAAGAAGCUUGUCAACCGAUCUUCUUUUAGCGUUAAUAAAAGAUCUACUCCACCGGCGGUCUGAUCUACGGUUUAUCAUAAUGUCUGCAACCGCCGACGCAGAACAACUCUCUAAAUAUUAUUUCGAUUGCGAUACGCAUCAUGUGGCGGGCAGAACUUUCCCUGUUGAUAUUCGAUACGUUCCCGCAUUAUCAUCAUCAUCAUCUAAUGUUCACCAUGACUUUGUGGCCCCAUAUGUUUCCGAAGUGUUAAAAAGGGUCGGUGAGAUCCAUCGAACGGAGGAUCAAGGGACGAUUCUUGCGUUUCUCACUUCUCAAAUGGAGGUAGAAUGGGCCUGUGAUCAGUUUAAAGGGCCAUCGAUAGUUUCAUUACCUUUGCAUGGAAAGUUAUCUCACGAAGAACAAUACCGUGUGUAUCUGAAUUAUCCCAACAAGCGAAAAGUCAUAUUCUCGACCAAUCUUGCUGAGACAUCAUUGACUAUUCCAGGAGUCAAAUAUGUUGUUGACUCUGGUAUGGUCAAAGAGAGUCGGUUUGAACCCGGGACUGGGAUGAACGUUCUUAAAGUUUGUAGGAUCAGUCAAAGUUCGGCUAACCAACGCGCGGGUCGUGCUGGCAGAACGGAACCCGGAAAGUGUUAUCGGAUUUACGAAGAGAGAGAAUUUCAGUCCAUGCCUUGUCAUCAAGAACCCGAAAUCCGUAGGGUUAAUCUCGGAAUUGCGGUUCUCAGAAUUCUCGCUCUUGGGAUUCAUAAAGUUGAGGAGUUUGAUUUUAUCGACGCGCCAUGCAAUACAGCUAUCGAGACUGCGAUCAAGAAUCUGAUCCAAUUGGGAGCCAUCGUACUCGAACACGGUAUCCAUAAGUUAACGAAAGACGGUCGGAUGUUGGUGAAAUUAGGAAUCGAGCCGAGGCUCGGUAAAAUGAUUCUGAAGUGCUUUGAAAACCGUAUGGGCAGGGAAGGACUCGUUCUUGCUGCGGUUAUGGCUAAUUCCAGCAGCAUAUUUUGCAGAGUCGGUAAAGAUGAAGAAAAACAAAAAUCAGAUUGUUUAAAAGUACAAUUCUGCCAUACAGGUGGUGAUUUAUUUACUUUAUUAUCUGUUUACAGAAAAUGGGAAUCUAUUCCUCGUGAUAAGAGGAAUCAAUGGUGUUGGGAUAAUAGCAUUAACGCAAAAUCUAUGCGAAGAUGCCAAGAAACUGUGCAGGAAAUGGAAAGUUGUCUUCAGCACGAGCUCAAUAUCAUUAUUCCGACUUAUUGGCGAUGGGAUCCCAUGGUGAAAACCGAAUACGAUCAAAUUCUUAAAGAUGUCAUACUUUCGGCUCUAGCAGAUAACAUAGCAAUGUAUUCGGGAAACGAUAAUCUUGGUUAUGAAGUACCGUCAACUGGAACGCAUGUUCAGUUGCAUCCUUCGUGUUCGUUACUGAUGUUCGGCGAGAGACCAAGUUGGGUGGUUUUUGGGGAAAUUAUCGCAAUGCCGAAUCAGUACUUGGUUUGUGUAACUUCUGUUGACUUCGAAUCUUUGCUGACUCUUUCCCCUGCUCCAUUUGAUAUUUCGCAGAUUGACCGUCGGAAACUGCAACUAAAGGUGUUAACGGGUUUCGGAACAACAUUACUGAAAAGAUUUUGCGGGAAGUCAAAUUCUAGUCUGAGACAUCUUGUUUCAAACAUCAAGGAUACCAUUAACGAUGACAGAGUUCGUCUUGAAGUUUCCGUUGACCACAAUGAAGUCAACGUAUUUGCGACUUCCGAACACCUAACACGGGUGUGUGAGAUUGUAAACUCGGUAUUGGAGCGGGAAGGAAGGUGGUUACAAAAUGAAUGCCUGGAAAAAUGUCUGUUUCCCGACAGACACGUGUCCCCUCCUGUAGCUCUGUUCGGUUCGGGUGCCGAGAUAAAGCAUCUGGAACUCGAAAAACGAUGUCUUACAGUUGAUAUAUUCGUUCAUGGCUCACACGAUAUCGAGGAGAAAGAGCUGCUUUCGUUUUUGGAACAACACACAUCCGGCAACAUCUGUGCUGUUCAUAAGCUUAAUUUAGUCGGUCAAGAUAACGAAAAGUGGGGCCGGGUAACGUUUUUCACUCCCGAAGCCGCUGAGAAAGCUACAAAGUUGAGUCCAGUUGACUUCAAUAACUGUAAACUGAAAAUCGCUCCGUCAAGAAGCAUAUUUGGAGGCGAUAACAAGUUCUCGUCUUUUCCAGCUGUGAAAGCGAAAGUAGCAUGGCCCCGUAGGCGUAACCGAGGUUUUGCGUUUGUUCAAUGUAAUCCGCAAGACGUAUCAGCCAUGGUUGAAGAUUUUUCGAACGUGUUAAUCGGCGACCAGUUUAUAAACUGUAGGCCGAGCAUGAAGUUUACCGACAGUAUUAUGCUGUCGGGAAUUGACGGGGAUGUCUUCGAACCCGAACUUUAUGAUGCAUUAUACAGAGCAACCAAUCGAAAAAUUCUGAAAGUUACCCUACCACGGGCUGCAGCUGUAGAGAAUCCGCCCCUUGUGGUUCUGGAAGAUGCGCUUUUGAGAGAGGUGAGAUCGUUCAUGCCAGCAGGGAAUUCGAAGAACGAAUGUGUUCGUGUUCAUAUUUUCCCAUAUGAAGCGUUUGAUAAUUACGUGAAAGCAGAGAUUAGUUUCGAUGGAAGUUUACAUUUGGAGGCUGCGAAAGCGUUGGAGCAGAUUGACGGGAAAUCGUUGUCGGGUUGUCAGCCAUGGCAGAAGAUCAAAUGUCAGCAGCAGUUUAAUAGCAUUGUUUCUUGCCCUGCUUCUGUGUAUGGCGUUAUUAAAGAGCAACUGCAAGCUUUACUCAAAAAUCUUGAGAAUCGGAAAGGAGCGGAGUUCUUUCCGGACUGGAACGAGAACGGGACAUACCGUAUCAGGAUAUCUGCCAAGGCUACAAAAAUAAUGGCCGAAUCGAGACGACCUCUGGAACAGCUUAUGAACGGAAGAACCAUAAUUGAUGAUCAGCUCACUCCGCCUGUUAUACAACUUAUCUUUUCUCGUGAAGGAUUCGCUCUGCAGAGGUCCAUUCAACGCGAAACCGGCACGUUUUUCCUAUUUGACAGACAUAAUCAUAGCUUUCGAGUCUUCGGCCCGUUAAACAAGCUCGAUCUAGCCCAGAACAAGCUGGUUCAGUCCCUUGUGACCCUACACGAGAACAAACAGCUCGAUGUUCAUCUCAGGGGUCCCGCUUUUCCGCCCGAUUUGAUGAAAAAGGUGGUUGAAAAGUUUGGGCCCGACCUUCACGGGCUUAAAGAAAGAUUCCCGGGAUCAGACUUCAUGUUAAACACGCGCCACCAUAUCAUCUCCGUUCGCGGUACUAAAGAAUUGAAACAAAAUGUCGAAGAAACAGUACACGAGAUUGUUCGGACCACGACUUCUACUUCUGGUCAAACGGUCAUAAGUCAAACGCGCUCAUGUCCUAUUUGUCUCUGCGAUGUCGAAGAUGGCUACCGCUUGGAAAAGUGCAACCAUGAGUUUUGUCGGCCGUGUUUGGUCGAACAAUUGGAAUCUGCAAUCAAGAACCCCGGGAACAGUUUCCCGAUCCGCUGUGCGCAAGAGGGUUGCAGGGAGUUGAUCUUAGUGGUGGACAUUAAAUCACUUCUGUUAACUGAUAAGCCUCUUAACUCCAUCAGGGAGGAAACUGGCGACAAACUCGAAAGAUUAGGGAGCAAACUGGCGACAAACUCGAAAGAUCAGGGAGGAAAAUGGCUAUUUUUAAACUAUUAGAGCAAAACCGUUAAAAUGACCAAACCACAGGGAGCAAAACGAAAGUUUACUCUUAAAAUUAAAAUAAAUUACAACGUAAAUUUACUUACUAUGGUGCUAAAAUGGUAAAUAUACUUAAAGAGUAAAGUACACGGAUGGUCCCUGUGGUUGACCAAAAUGUUGGAUUUGGUUUUCAUCUUUCCAAAAGUACACGGAUGGUCCAUGUGGUUUGUGCUCUUUAACACUGUCUCCCAACUUUUACCAGAAGUAUAUGGAUGUCCCUAUGGUUUGUACUUUUAACGCAUUUAGUCGUUAACUUGGACCAGCUGCAACCUUUAGUUUUGUUAGCUGGGGACUAAAUGCGUUAAAAACUGCAAACCACAGGACCAUCUGUGUACUUUUGGAAAGCUAGGGACCAAAUCCAGCUUUUUGAUUAACCACGGGGACCAUCCGUGUACUUUACUCAAUACUUAACUAUGCGCCAAACUGGUAAAAAAUUAAAAGAAAAACAGUAAAAAAGACCUCUAGUUGCCAUAAAGCCGUUAAAAACGGUUAUUUUCGAUUCUAACGGUAAUACCUGGUUUGGGUAGGGUAUCAUACCCUGGUUGAUAAAUAUUGGUUCUGGGUAGGUGGGUAUGGUUUCAGGUAUUUUUGGGUUUGGAUUUUACCUUAAAAACCUGUCUGUCCUAUAUAUACCCGGCGUGUACCGAACCGGGUUGAGAAUACCCGAUUUAGGUUUUCUUUUUCUUUUCGGGUAGUGUUUAAUCCUCAUAUUUUUUUUGCACGC